AUGCCGUAUGGACAUUGCUCUGCCACCGAAUACCGAUUCGACGAAGAACAAGCCGACGCCAUUGUUCGAACCACCUCCUACCACCGCAGAGACUACUGUCUCUCCGUGAUCUGGUACUCACCUAGUGAACAUGUCGAUAUUCGUUCGUCAAUCGCAACACCCUUCCAGCGGAAUUUGAAAGCUGGACUCGGCUCCCUCGACCGGCUACCCCCCGAGCUCUUGUUUGACACCUUGUACCGUCUGGAUAUGCAUUCUCUGUUCAAAUUUCGACAAACAAGUCUCAGAUCAAGAGAGAUGGUAGACUCUCUUAACCAGUAUCAGAGGGUAGCCUCGCAUGGACAGAACCUUUUUUGCGCCUUAUUACGAACACGACUUGCUCUCGACAUUUCUCUACUCAACUUUCACAACGCAUUAUGUAUCAAGGCCUGCACUUUCUGCGGCGAAUUCGGUGGAUUUAUAUUUCUCCUAACUUGGAAGCGAUGCUGUAUUAAAUGCCUGGUCGAGUCUCCGGAAACCCAAAUGCGGACUCUCGCUUCAGUCAAAAAGCAAUUUAGAAUGAAGAAAGCCGAAUCCGGCCAACUGAUUCUCUUCACCAGGCUACUUUGGCUUGCAGACAGCAACCGCAUGCACUUGCGCAAGCUCAACCAGUGA